AUGUAAUAAUAAAAUUUGCAGGUAAAAAAAAUUUACCUAUUAAUAGAGAAAAUAAUUCAAGGGUUAGUUUUAUAUCCAGAUAAUGGGUAUGAUGAAAUUUAAUAGUUCAAAGCAUAUUCUUUAUCCAUUAGGUUCUACUUUAGUAGUUAGACAUAGAAUUACAAAACAACAAACUUUUUAAAGGUAUGGAAAAGUGGUAUAUUAAAUUAGAGGACAUGAUAAUUAGAUCUCUGUAAUAAUAGUUUCUCGAACUGGAGAUAAUAUUGUUUCUGGAUAGAAAAAAUAUAUUGUGUUCCAAGCUGAAAUAAUAGGGAUUUCAAAGAUAGAAGGAUGA